UCCCGCGGCCGAGAGGCGUCUGUGAGCCCUCCCUCCUCUCCUCUCCUCUCCCUCCUCCUCCUCCCGCCGCUCCUCCCGCCACGCCGGGAGCUACCGCCUCCUCCCCAGUGCCGGGCGCGCCGCGGUCGGGGUCGCAGCCGGCGGCCGCGGGAUUUUCCUCGUUUGUUUGGGCCUUUUGUGUCGGGGCUCACAGUUGGCUAAGCACGGCCGAGCUGAAUUGGGCCAUUGUUCGGGACCCCCCGAGCUCCCACGCUGCACAUCUCUCGUCCCCAGCCCCUCUUCAGCCCCCCCUCCCCCCAAUUCCUUUUUUUGCCUGAGAAGCCACAUAACGUGCCUUUCCUCCACGCAAAUCUGGGAGCUAUAAGCCGGACCGAUUGCAAAUGAAGUGUAAUGCAUUGUGGGACGUGUGUAAAAUUGGAUCAUUCGAGGGGGAAAAAAAAAAAAAAGGAAGGGACCUGCGGCUGGCGCCCUAGAAGAGGGAGCGGCGAGAUGCGCGCAGGUUGCGCCCCGGCGGUGCCCGCGCUAGGCUGAUGCCCGGCGGCGCGCACCCCUGACCCAUGCUGCGGCGGGAGGAGUAGGCUCGGGCAUCCUCAGGAUGAAGAAGACGCGGAGUACGACCUUGCGGCGGGCCUGGCCUAGCUCCGACUUCUCCGACCGGGCCUCAGACCGCAUGAGGUCCCGCAGCGAGAAGGACUACCGACUGCACAAGCACUUCCCCCCAGCUUUUAUUUCCCAGGCAUCACGGGGCUACAUGACAUCAGGUGAUGUAUCACCCAUCAGCAUGUCUCCCAUCACUCAGUCACAGUUUAUUCCGCUUGGGGAAAUCCUUUGCCUGGCCAUCUCAGCAAUGAACUCUGCCCGAAAACAAGUCACACAAGAAGCAUUAAUGGAGCACCUAACCACCUGCUUCCCAGGCGUUCCAACACCCAGUCCAGAAAUCCUUCGACAUACUUUGAAUAUGCUUGUACGGGAGAGGAAAAUAUACCCAACUCCGGAUGGUUAUUUCAUUGUAACCCCACAGACUUACUUUAUAACACCAUCUCUCAUAAGAACUAACAGUAAAUGGUACCAUUUGGAUGAGAGGCUACCUGACAGGUCUCAAUGUACCUCUCCACAACAAGGAACUAUAACUCCCUCCACCUCGGGUUGUGUCAGGGACCGAACACUACCCAAAAACCACUGCGACUCCUGCCAUUGUUGCAGAGAAGACAUGCACAGCAUGCAUGCAUCUACCCUACAGAGGAAAUCAGCAAAAGACUGUAAAGACUCAUACUGUCCUCCUUCAUUAUGUCAAGUCCCACCUACUGAGAAAAGUAAAAGUACUGUCAAUUUUUCAUAUAAAUCAGAGACACUCACAAAGCCUAAGGAUGUAGAAAAGCAGUCUAAGAAAUUUGGACUCAAAUUAUUCCGAUUAAGUUUUAAGAAGGAUAAGACCAAACAACUGGCAAACUUCUCUGCCCAGUUUCCUCCAGAGGAGUGGCCGCUAAGGGACGAGGACACCCCUACCACUAUACCUAGAGAGGUAGAAAUGGAGAUUAUUAGGCGCAUUAAUCCAGACUUGACUGUGGAAAAUGUCAUGAGACACACUGCACUAAUGAAGAAACUUGAAGAAGAAAAAGCUCAACGAAGCAAAGCAGGGUCUUCAGCUCACCACAGUGGACGAAGUAAAAAGAGUAGGAAUCACAGAAAAUCUCAUGGGAAAUCGAGGUCGCACAGCAAGACCCGGGUAUCCAAAGGAGACCCAUCAGAUGGUUCUCAUUUGGAUAUACCUGCUGAAAGGGAGUAUGAGUUCUAUGAUCCCUUGACUCGAUCCCCACGGGAAGGCUGUUUUAUAAUAGAACACAAGGGAGAUAAUUAUAUAAUGCACAGCAAUCCUAACAUGAUUGAAUCUCACUUUCCCAUGACACCAGAGUGGGAUGUGUCUGGUGAACUGGCCAAAAGAAGAACUGAAAUGCCUUUCCCUGAACCUUCCAGGGGAAGCUCCCAUUCCAAGGUCCAUCGGAGCCACAGCCAUACACAGGAUAGAAGAUCAAGGAAUGAGCGGUCCAGUAAAGCUAAAGAAAGGUCUAGAUCCAUGGAUAACUCCAAGGGACCUCUGGGCUCAGCUACUUUAGGUACACCUGAAGAUAUAGGUGAAGGUUGUAGCCCAGAUGACCAAACAACUAGCCAAACCUACAUUGAUGAUAGUACCUUAAGGCCAUCUCAGUCGCUCAGUCAUCAAAGGGCUCUGAUUUCAUCUGCAAGCUACAAAGAGACUUGCAUCCCUGAAAUAGCCGGUGGCAGUGUAGAGACCCCCAGUUCUUGUAGCCUAUUGGAACAAGGCAAGCCUACAGACAAUUUGCCAUCAUAUAGUGAGCUCAACUCCUGCACAACAAAAUCUGCAGUUGAUGACUAUUUUCAGUGCAACACAUCCAGUGAGACUGUGCUUACUGCUCCAUCACCACUGGGAAAGAAUAAAGAGGAUCAUGAUACGCUAACAGGGACAGAUGGGCUAAAAAAAAUGGCUCCCACAGAAAGACAGUCUCAACAUAUUGCUAGGGAGCCUGGGGUGCACAAGGAGGAGUCCCCAAAGGGCCCAAGCAGUGGUUCAGUGAUUGCUGGCCAAACUCCAGAGGUGAUAGCUAACGGGCGGCUGGUUCAACACCAUAGCACUGAGUCAAGCAGCCUUGAUAAAAGGAAAGAAAUAUUCAGCAAGGAUACACUCUUUAAGCCUCUGCACAACACUCUUUCUGUGAAUAGUUAUCAUAAGUCUAACACACCUCUGCUAAAGCCCCAUCAAAAAACCCCCUCUGACACAUUGCCCGUCAGAUGUGAGAAACUUGAACAAGCGAUGGUAACCUCAGUCACACAAGUCAUGCCUGUUUCUCAGAGACAGCAAGAGACAACCGGGAACCAGGAGGCCUCUUUUGACUACUACAACGUAUCUGAUGAUGAUGACUCAGAGGAAGGAACCAACAAAAAUGCCGAGGAAGAAAAAAACAGGGAUGAUGUUGGUACGAUGCAAUGGCUCCUAGAGAGAGAAAAGGAAAGGGAUCUACAGCGAAAGUUUGAGAAAAAUCUUACUCUUCUCACCCCAAAGGAAACAGAAAAUAGCAACAACCAGAGAGCCACCCACUCAGCCCGCCUGGACAGCAUGGACAGCAGCAGCAUUACUGUGGACAGCGGGUUCAACUCUCCACGUACUCGUGAGAGCCUGGCAUCCAACACUUCAAGUAUUGUUGAAAGCAACAGACGUCAGAACCCUGCUCUGAGCCCUGCACAUGGUGGCGCAGGACCAACGUUCAAUUUCCGAGCCACUGCAGACCCACCCACGAGUGAAGCUGAGAAACUGCAGAAACCUGGUAACUGCCUGCAAGCUUCUGUCACUAGUGUCUGAUAGUCAGCCUGCCUCAGAUCGCCUGUCUCAUCCUAUACAGCAAAGUUUACGACACUGGGACUGAUGUUUACAUCUUUGGGGAAAAAUAAAACAAGCAUCUCAAUCACAGUUUUAGUGUUCACUUAAACUGUGCUGCUAUGUAGACUAGGGGCAACAAAGAAGUAUUUAUUUCAAGGUAUUGCUUUUCACAUUUGCGGCUCUGUAGCAACAGAAUAGCAGUAGGGAUAAUAUGUACACUUUUUGCUUCACUUAAUUGUAACUGAGCACAUAUAUGAAAGUCUAGACACUGUAAGUGUAAUCUGCAUUUUCAAUGUCCAUGCAGUUGCCAACUUCAUUUAAAAAAAUGCCACAGAUGUGUGAUGCCCCCGGUCAGAGGCUAAACUCUGCUGCAGAGUUCAUCAUUUUUUUCUUCGAAAACUGAGCCACUGCUGAAAGUAACCAGCCAGGAUCACCAUGAGGAAAAACAAUGCCAAACAUGACAAGUCAUGACCUCAGCUCUAUAUGUGAAUUAAUACUAAUCAGUCAUUUUCACUGUGCAUUUUUGUGACACAAUUUUACAAAUACCUGGUUAAGCAAGUAAAAGGAGGUUUGAGGUUUGUUUUGAUUUGUUUUUUUUUCCACAUAUGGAGUGUGGGAAGGGAGGUGGCUCCUCCAUUUGUUUCAAAAAUAUGAGAGGUGUUUACUUAAUGAGACUUGCUACUUGACCUUCCAUAGUCACUGGUGAGGAGGUGGGCCUUUGCAUAGAGUGGGGAGUGGGGAGGGAAGGGAAAGAUGUUAACUGUCAUAGAGCCACAAUUUGUGGAGUGACACAAAAUAUAUUAGAUGUAUUCAGUAUAUUUCACUUAUUUUAAAAAGAUAAUUAAUUCUCGUGUCACUUCUGGUAUUGCAACUUGCCAUUAAUAUAGGAAUCAGGAUAACUAAUUUCUUUGAACAAAAAUAUCCUUUAUGAUAUAAAUGACAAGUAUGGCCUGAAGAAUUGAUUUCUUUCUAGUGGAAGGACAUAAAUCUAUUUUAUGUAGCUUAUUAAAUAGAGUGCCUAAAUUAGGCUAUUAAAAAUAGCAUACAGUGUAAUGAUUAUCAGAGAACAAAAUUUAGAGAAUUAUAAACUUCUGGCCUUUUUAUUCAGUGGAUGUUAUUUGCAAUUUAGCAUUUUAUGGACAUGUCUAGUUUCUAGAAAUUCAAUGUGUCCACUUGGUUUGCAGUAGAAAUCUGAGUCCUGCAGACAUGGUACAUCCUAAUUGCUCUCCCUAAACUGUUACUUCAAUGUAAUUAGUACUAUGCUAAUUACUGCAGAGUAAAUUCUAAAGAUAGUUAAACUCCAAGAGUAAUUUUAGGUACAGGGUCACAUUCUGCUCUGUUACUCGUGCAACCUGGUAGUGCAACAAACUGACUUUUUUAUCAGAAUAGACAAAUUGGUGGAAGAAUAACAAAGAUACUAAAAUGUGCAACAGCCCAAAUUGUUUCACAGAAAAGGGUUAUUUGCCCUGUCUAGCUCUUGUCGUACACAGGUAUGAAACCCAACUGUACAUACUAAAACACAGUAUUUUCAUCAGGUUCUGGUGACAUUUAUUACUCUGUAUACAAAGUCAUUUGAGCCUCGCUUAUGUUCUCUGUUGUCAUCAGAAGUCUUUACUGACGAUUCAGCCUUAUGUUACAUCAUCGGAUAUAGUUCAUUUACUUCUAAAACAGCUUUCUAACUUUGGACACAAUCGAUUUCCAGUUCUGUCAAGAUUACCCAGUCAAUGCACAGGUCUGUUUUCAUUGAUUUCAGUGUAUGAUUUGCAUUUCAUAGGAGCAAUAAGACCUUUCAGUGCACAUAAAGGAAAUUAUUGUGCUUUUGGUUGGUUAUCAAAGUCACUUGGCCUUUAGCCUUCUGCCUUAUCAUACCUUCCAAGAUGUGCUCUAAUUACCAUAUAAUGCUUUGCAUGAUGCAUCUUAUUAUUCAAUAUGUAACUCCAGCCGUACUUAUUCCAUGCAAACUGUAGAGUCAGAGUUUUUGUGGGGAAUUGUCAUAUACUAUGCAGUGGCUGACUGUGGUUUUGUUUCUGAGAGGAGCUCUGGCAUCAGUAGUAUGUAUCAAUUCAGUAAAUAAAAAUGUCAAAAUGGUAAAAAAAUUUACAGUGAUGAUCUGAAGUACUAAUGGCAGUAUUAAAAUGCGAAGAGCAGAAACAGGUUUCACCUUUGGGGAAACAAUUGUUUGUCACAAGCUAAUCAGAAUUUGUGCAGGCAGCUGGUUGUACAGAAGACGUAAUUCCAACAAAAUGUGACAGUACAUACCUAUAAACUGUAUAGUAUGUUAUUUCCUAAAGUUCCCAGAGACCAGCAGACAACAUAAAUGUCAUAUUAAUGUUGACAUGGCAUUGUACCAAUAUUAAUGUGACUCUUGGAAUAUGGAAUGUAAACAGAAGUUUCAAAUAGAAACGUUCUAAUCUUGAUUUUUUUUUUUCCUUUUAAAAUCAACAAUGGAAAAUAAGAAAAUUCCAUCUUGAGGUUCUGGUAACAAAACCACGAGAGUGGAGCUUGAGUGCUUUAUGUCACCCUAAUCCUUUGAUGAAAUCAUAGCCUUGUAUUAUGUGGUUGCUUAUCUAUCAUUCUUCUAAUGUAUCAAUUUAAAGGUUUACAGAGUUAGAUUAGGUUGAAUCUGUGUUGUGUUCAACUGUAAAGGGUCAACACAAAUCUGUCGGCAUUUUGCACACUUAAUAUGUAUUAUUAUAAUACAACAUGUUACUUUUAUGGUAAUUUUUUUUACACAUAUAACUACCUCCAUGAAUUUGAUGAAAUGCAGCAACAUGAAAAGUGUAUUGUACAAAGCAAGGUUAGAAACUUUGAAGCAUUAGGUCAUGGCGUUCUCUUGUGUGUCAAAGCUUGCAUAUGAAGUCAUCAUGUUUCCAUUGCCACAGUUUCCUUCUACAAUGUUAAAAAGAUGGCUUUCAGAUGAGUCACUUAAAGACUUUGACAAGGCUGCAUAAUUGGGAUAAAAGUGAAAGGGAGGCUGAAACCUUCCAUCCUCUCCCCAGUUACUGCUAAAAUUUCUGCCUGGUAGAACUUGAAAAUGUAUUUGUAAUUUAGCAAAUUAGAAACAUCUACAGUCUGUGAAAUAUGAUUGACAGUUUGGGGUUUAACAGAAGACACUCUGGGUAUUUUCUUGGCAGCCUUCAGAUACUUGGGGCCCUAUUCUGCCUCCAUCUUUGUCAACAUUAGUACGUCAUGGUUUCUCUGAACAGGCAAGGGUGUUAAAACAGCUCUUCCUUUAAUGAUAUGCACUCUGGUCUCUAGAUUGUGUGCAUCUAAAACAUUUGCUCCUACAGAAAUUACCAACAGCCUUUAAUUUACGUUGCUGGGAGCAGUAUCAGGGUCCCUACUUGAGGUAUGUGCCUAUUGUUCAAAGAACGUGGGCAAGUUUCCAAGAAAAAUUAAUCUGGCUUUUGAAAAGUAGCCAGCUGCAACAAGCCACCUUUCAAGAGGGAAGAAAGAAAGACUUUUGCAAAAACCAAAGGAAGAAAGUGGCAGUUGAACCUAAGCAGAUCGCAUUAUAUACAAAUCCCGAUUUAUGAACACCUUUCAGCAAACCUAGUACCAUUAUCCUGAUGCAAAUUAAUAUACAAUCAUCAGUUGAGCUAAUUUUGCCAUUUUAAGUAUUUCAGUUAAAAUUUAGAAGAAAUCAUUAGCCAUUUGACUCCCAGGACCACUGUAAAAUGACUGUUAUAUGCGAAACAAUGUUCACUCAACUUUAAAAAAAAAUGUAUUGGAAAACAAAUAUUUUAAUGAAAACCGUGGCCUAAGUGCUUGCCAGCAGUAGUCUUCAUUAGGAAAGAGAACAAGCAAACCAGUAUUCAGAGGCCAUCAUGAACACAGAUAACACUUUGCACUUAAAUCACACCUUUUUGCCUGAGGGUCUUGAAGCACUUGCCUGUGAGGUAGGCAGAGUUCACUGACCCUACUUUUUGUCUGGGCCCAUUGGAAAAAGCAAAGGCUAAGAGUCUGUAGAAGAACUUAUUAACUAGUUGCUUUUUUAAAGUUACUGAAGUAGGUUUAACAGUUACCAAAGUGUUUAAUGUUUAUAUUCUGAAAUUAUUCUUUUGAUGCAUUCGGUUUGUUUAAGUAAGAAACUACUUUAUGGCCCUGCAGACACUUUUGGAUUAGCAGUUCCAAAACCAAGUUUGCAGUCAUACGAGUACUGGCAGCAGUGGUUUUAGAAACAGUCAUGUUAAUUAAAAAUUUGUUUUUCAAAUACAUUUUGUAGUGCUUUUCCCAACACAAUUGUUCAAAUUGUACAGAGAAAGCAAAUAGCACUCCUGAUCUGGUGUCAUAUCCACAGUUUACAAUUCUCUUUGCUCUUCUGAAGAAAACUGUACAGUAUUAGAGAGAAAAGUUCUAUUUUUUACAAAAUUCUUUAAAAAAAAGGCUAUAUAUCUAAAACGUUCCCCCCAACAUAAGUAAAGUGCAUCAUUACUGCAUGAGACACAUGCAGUGGACCCACCAAAAGCCAAGCUGGUGCUAGAAGAAAACGGGACUAUCACACUUCUUUCACAGUGGCGCUCUAAACGUUGGUUUCAGUUAUGCAAGUGUAAAUCUGGCAUAACUCCCCUGAUCUCCGAGGAUCUGAGAGAGAUGGGAAUGGGUCGUUAACUCCAUUGAAGCUCAGUUCUGAGCUGAGGGUUUCCGUGUUCCUCCCCCCACCCUGAGACACUAAAUGCAGAGGAGCAGAAGGCCACGCACCUGGCUCUGGAAGGGCAGCCUGGGCUGAAUCCCUGCUGAAAUGCACAGCCACCCAGCCGGGAUCCAUGACAGCACCAGUGUGCCCCACCUCGGAAGGGUGAUUUUCCAUGUGGUGCACUGCCCUCCUGUUAUAUAUCGGUUAGAGCCACCCAAAGGAUACCCACCCAGAAGUAUGAAAGGGCCCUUGGAGUAUUUGGCACAGAUGUUACUUUUAUGUGUGGAGGAGAUUUUAAGUUUAAAGGGAUCAUAAUUCUGCAGGUAAUUUUCUGUGAGUGACUGAAUGUGGCUGUUGCAUUAGGUUUAAAUGAGUUAAUAAAUGCAAGUGGGACUUACUGUAUGUUAGAAGGGAGUUUUGCAGCCAAGACUGCCUUGUAUAAAUGUGUUUGCACUGAAAAAAAAAAUUAAAAAAUUACUUGGUCUCUGGUUGCUGUAAAGGUCAUCCAAGAUGGAUGUUCUGUUUAUAUUGUAUAGUAUUUCAUAUGAAAUAAUUGCAGUUCAUGAAAUGUCUUCCCUAACGUUACUGAUUUAUAACAGCACAUUUGUAACAUGGUUUUUAUUGUGUCAGUGUACCAUAUUGUAAAUGAUGAUUACUUGUCAUGCUUAGUAUAAUAAUUUAAAGGAAAAAAAAAGGACAGGGAUUUUUGUAAGUCUAUAUUUGAAAGUCCCUCCAUAUGGUAAUAUUGUGUUCAUGUUGUUUAUGUAGUGUUGUGUGAAAUAUCCAUUUUGGAUUGUGUUACUUUUUAAAAUAUUAAAUAACAUUUGGUUAUA